UGGUUAUUUUUAAACUAACAUAACUGUUAGCAUGCAGCUAAUAGUUACUGAGGUAAAACCUAGCUAACCUAAACUAGCUACCUAUAUGUAUAUAUUUGAAAUUUUCUGCAUUAUAGAUUAAUACUUAAGUCAACCAAACUAUGAAGAAAAAUAUAUGAUAUUAUUCAGUAAACGAAGGUAAGACAAUCAGAAAAAUAAUUUAAAAAAAUGAUUUAUACAAUUAUUUUAAGUUACUACAUGAUUGCUUUAUAUUCCGAAUGACUUCAGUAUUACUCAUUUACAAUGUAGGAAAAAUGUGCAACUUUUGACUGGUAAUAAUUCAGUGUAAUUGUGUUAAUUUGGGAUUUGGGGGUUCUUGUUACAGUAAACGUAAGCUAUGGGCAUAAUAUGAGGUAAGACUAAUAGCGCUGCAGGACUUUUAUUUUGACAGCUACAUGUAACGCUAUUGGCUCCUUGGCGGAUGUAGAGUUAUGCAGUUUGAUUGGUCCCUUAGCGGAGCUCAGGAAUCUGCAGCUGGAGUAAUCUGUGUACAAACACAGCAGACUGUUGAAUAUCGAGAGAAGCAGAAGAUGCAGAAGAUCCAGCUCUGAUCAGCAGAUCCAGCUCACCUGCUGCAGAAAUAUAUGCUGCCCUGUUUCAAGUCUUCUCACAAUAAGAAGAUUUUACACAGAUGUUAAGCUGCUGGAGAGAAAAUCAUCCAGAAAAACUUCAAUCUACAUUACCGAUCGUCCUCUCCAACACCUUGCAGACAAAUGCAGGAAAAUACAGACAAGAAGAAAACUCACCACUGUUCAGACUGUGGGAAAAGUUUUAGUCAGCUGUGUUCUCUCAAAUCCCAUCAGCUCAUUCACACAGGAGAGAAACCCUAUCUCUGCUCAGACUGUGGGAAGAGUUUCAAUCGUCUGAGUAAUCUCUACACGCACCAGCGCAUUCACACUGGAGAGAAACCAUAUCAGUGCUUAUUGUGUGAGAAGAGUUUUAUUCAGCAGGGUUCGUUCCUUCAGCACCAGCGCGUUCACACUGGAGAGAAACCGUAUCACUGCUCAGAGUGUGGGAAGAGCUUUAAUCAGCAUUGUCAUUUCCUCACACACCAGCGCGUUCACACCAGAGAAAAACUGUAUCAGUGUUCAGACUGUGGAAAGAGCUUUACUCACCAGAGUACUCUCCAACAACACCAGCGCAUUCACACUGGAAUAAAACCAUAUCAAUGCUCAGAGUGUGGAAAGAGUUUUAACCAACAGAAUCACCUCAGUACACACCAGCGAACCCACACAGGUGAGAAACCGUAUCACUGCUCAGAGUGUGGGAGGAGUUUUACUCAUCAGAGUACUCUAAAUCAUCAUCAGCGCGUUCACACUGGAGAGAAACCGUAUUACUGUUCGGAGUGUGGGAAGAGUUUUAAUCAUCAGAGUACUCUAAAUCAUCAUCAGCGCGUUCACACUGGAGAGAAACCGUAUUGCUGCUCAGACUGUGGGAAGAGUUUUACUCAUCAGACUUCUCUCCAACAACAUCAGCGCAUUCACACCGGGGAGAAACCAUAUCAGUGCUCAGAGUGUGGGAAGAGUUUUCAUCAGCAGAGUCAACUCAAAACACACCUGCGCAUUCACACUGGAGAGAAACCGUAUCACUGCUCAGAGUGUGGAAUGAGCUUCAGACAUUUAAAGACUUUUAAUGAACACAAAUGCGCAAAAACCAGUGACGGAAAUGUGCAGGACAUUUUUUGUGCACCAUAGCACCAUACUUGCAAUACAAAUGAAAUUAAAUGUACUGUUUUUUUUUUGGAGGGAAACCACCAGAUGAUGUAGCAGCAUGGUGGCUUAGUGGUUAGC